AUGGAACGAAAGCAUAAUGCGAGGAAAAGCAUGUUCACUCACUCAUUUCCACUUGCACAUUACGAGAUGCAUAAGAAUGCACAGCGGCAUAUUUACAAAGUUGUGUCUCUACAGUUUGUCAGGCUCCGUAAAAUCUAUCUAUCUAUCUAUCUAUCUAUCUAUCUAUCUAUCUAUCUAUUUGUCGUUGUUGUUGCAGAUGAUGAUGAUGAUGAUGAUGAUGAUGAGGGUGGCGGUAGGGGUGGGUGUGGGUGUGUCCGUUGUGGAUAUUGCAGUGAUGUUGGUGGUGAUGAUGAUGGUGGUGGUGGUGAUGAUGAUGAUGAUGACGAUGAUGAUGGCAGUGACGGCAAUGAUAAUGCCGUUACCACUAAGGACGAAUCAACUAAGACAAUAUCUCUCUGCAACAAGCAAAAAGGAACACGUCUCUCGCUAGUUCAUUCACUGUCAUCCCCCCAUAGAGUCCUCUCUCUCUCUCACACACACGCACUCACUCUCUUUCACUUUCUCUCCUUCUCUAUUCUUUCUUUCUUUCUUUCCCUUCUUUCUUUCUACCUCUGUAUCUAUAACUUUCUUCCAUCAUAUCUAUCUAUCUAUCUAUCUAUCUAUCUAUCUAUCUAUCUAUCUAUCUAUCUAUCUAUCACAUUUACUCUUGCACAUACUCCUCUCCAUCAACCAACCAACUUUUCGAUACUAUCGGCUAUUUAUUGCCCGAAAAACUGUUGA